GACGUUCCGUAAUAAGCUGGACGCUCAUGCUGCGUAGAAGGUUCGGCCGGUGUUUUAGUAAAAUUCUGUCUAUAAAACAGUAGUCUGAUUAUAGGGUACAGCUACAAGACAGAAAAAUGAGUCGGUCCUACAAUGACGAGCUGCAGUUUCUGGAUAAAAUCCACAAGAACUGCUGGCGAAUACGGAAAGGAUUUGUUCCAAAUAUGCAGGUAGAAGGAGUCUUCUACGUAAACGAUCCUCUUGAGAAAUUGAUGUUCGAGGAGCUGCGAAAUGCUUGUCGUGGCGGAGGUUUUGGAGGAUUUCUACCAGCCAUGAAGCAAAUUGGAAAUGUCGCAGCCCUCCCCGGUAUAGUGCACAAGUCUAUCGGACUUCCAGAUGUCCACUCUGGUUAUGGGUUUGCGAUAGGAAACAUGGCAGCCUUCGACAUGAGUGAUCCCACAGCAGUCGUUUCUCCAGGCGGCGUGGGCUUUGACAUCAACUGCGGCGUCCGGCUGCUGCGGACCAACCUGGACGAGGGAGACGUGCAGCCGGUGAAGGAGCAGCUGGCCCAGGCCCUGUUUGAUCACAUCCCCGUGGGGGUCGGGUCCAAGGGGGUCAUACCCAUGAACGCCAAGGACCUGGAGGAGGCGCUGGAGAUGGGGGUGGACUGGUCCCUGAGGGAGGGCUACGCCUGGGCCGAGGACAAGGAGCACUGCGAGGAGUACGGCAGGAUGCUGCAGGCCGACCCCAACAAGGUCUCCUCCAAGGCCAAGAAGAGAGGGCUGCCGCAGCUGGGUACGCUGGGAGCCGGGAACCACUACGCCGAGAUCCAGGUGGUGGACGAGAUCUUCAACGACUACGCCGCCAAGAAGAUGGGCAUCGACCACAAGGGGCAGGUGUGCGUGAUGAUCCACAGCGGGAGCAGAGGCCUGGGCCACCAGGUGGCGACAGAUGCUCUGGUUGCCAUGGAGAAGGCCAUGAAGAGAGACAAGAUCGUCGUGAAUGACAGGCAGCUGGCCUGUGCUCGCAUCACCUCAGAGGAGGGGCAGGACUACCUGAAGGGCAUGGCCGCCGCCGGCAACUACGCCUGGGUCAACCGCUCCUCCAUGACCUUCCUCACCCGACAGGCCUUCUCCAAAGUGUUCACCACCACCCCUGACGACCUGGACAUGCACGUGAUCUACGACGUGUCUCACAACAUCGCCAAGGUGGAGGAGCACAUGGUGGACGGCAAGCAGAAAACCCUGCUGGUGCACCGCAAGGGCUCCACCCGGGCCUUCCCCCCGCACCACCCCCUCAUCGCCGUCGACUACCAGCUGACUGGACAGCCCGUGCUGAUUGGCGGAACCAUGGGUACCUGCAGCUAUGUGCUCACAGGGACAGAGCAGGGCAUGACCGAGACCUUCGGCACCACCUGCCAUGGAGCGGGUCGCGCUCUGUCCCGCGCCAAGUCCCGCAGGAACCUGGACUUCCAGGAUGUGCUGGACAAGCUGGCAGACAUGGGCAUCGCCAUCAGAGUCGCCUCGCCCAAACUGGUCAUGGAGGAGGCUCCUGAGUCCUAUAAAAACGUGACGGACGUGGUGGACACUUGUCACGACGCCGGGAUCAGUAAAAAAGCCAUCAAGCUGAGGCCCAUCGCUGUGAUCAAGGGCUAAACGAUGCCCCACACCUUUACCCAGAAGGCACUACACAUGCAAGGCAACAGGAAGUGAGACUCCAGCCGACUGCCGGGAAAUGCAGCAGAGGACAAGAAUGAUGUCACUACGAGCGUUAUGUACACUGCUGACACACUUCUUACUUAAACCCUCGGCACGUUAUACCUUGAUCAGCGUGGCACUUGACGUUUCCUCAGAUGGGUUUGGCAGCAAUUAAAUUAUUUCCACCUUGAUGGGAAUGCUGGAGAUCGACCUUUAUUUUCCUUAAGCAUUUUUUAGUUGUGGCUGAAGGCCGAUUUGGUUUUUGGGUUUUUUUUUUCUUAAACGUGUGCCACACCUUGAAGAACAGCUGGUCAUAAAACGAAUAAAAGUUUAAAAAAUAAA